UAGUUGUGAAGUUGCGACAGGGACGGAGAGCUUAAACAUGAGUGCAGAAAAUAAUACGGCAGAAACACCGACUGAUCAAACGGUACCCACAGGGAACAUCAUCACAAUCCACACCACACUCGGAGACGAAGAUGAAGAUGUGCACAGAUGUGGACGUUGCCAAGUGGAGUUCACCACCUUGGAGGCCUUUAUUCAGCAUAAACUGCAAAACAGCUGCCAGCGGGCUCAAGAGCUGGGUCCUCCGCAGCCUACCAGUGACACCCUCCAUGGCAUCAGCCCAGAGGUAGUUCUGAUUGAAGGGAGCUCUGUUACUGCAACAGAAAUGGAUGACAGUGCCAUGUCCUCAGAGGAAAGUGAAAAAACAAAGCUCUCAGUGAGGGGCCCUGCUGCCUCUGUGGCACGCCGCAGAAGACACUGUGCAGCAAGGAGCUCUGGGGUCGGUCAAAGCGCAGAGGCCCAGGAGGUCACCAAGAUCCUCGUCAAAGUCAAUGACGAAGGGCGCUACGUCUGCCAAAUCUGCGAGAAGACCUUUAAAACGGCUAACAUCUUAAGAACACACUUGACCACGCACAGUGAGAAGAAGAACUUUCCCUGUAAGCUGUGUGGGAACUCCUUCAGAACCAAAGGCUCUCUGAUUCGACACAACCGUCGUCACACAGAUGAGCGUCCUUAUAGGUGUAAUCUGUGUGGGCUGUCCUUCAGGGAGUCUGGGGCUCUGACCAGACACAUGAAGUCCAUCACUCCCUGCACAGAGAAGAUUCGGUUUAACCAGUGCAAGGAGAUUCUGGUCAGCAAAGAUGGAGUGCAGAAAGGUUUCAAGCAGGGGUCCUCUUCAGUGGUUACAUCUGAGGAGGAACAGCUUCAUGUGGUCAGUGUGAUGGACAACUCUGAGGAGGUCGUUCAUGAAGUCCAUGUCCAAAUGGAAGUGGACAGCACCGAACAGGCCCAGCAGGAGCAGGAGCGGGAGCAGGAGCACGCGGAGCUGGUUGCGGAGGGAGACCGUCUGCUCGGCCAGGCCAUCAUCAACUCCGGCAUCGAGCUGGAGACGGAGAGGAGCGAGCAGGAUGGGGCCAAAUCUCCCGUGCAUCCCCUUCACAGCAGCGACCCUGAGGGCAGGAUCACCGAGAUCCAGGUCACUGAAGAGUGUGUGGAGCUGGACACUGACGAUGCAGCGGACCCUGUGGAGAAAGAAGGCGAACCAUCCUCUCCAAAAGUUCACCGAUGCCCUCACUGUAGUCGGUGCUUCAAGGCGUUAAACUACCUGCGGGUCCACGUGAAAGGUCAUCUCGGGUUCAAGCCUUUCAAGUGCUUGGUGUGCCAGAAGGAGUUCCUCACAGGGUACCUGCUGAAGAAGCACAUGGAGGCUCACCUCAGCGAGCGCCGCUUCAAGUGUGGGGAGUGCGGCAAGCUCUACAAAACCAUCGGCCACGUGCGCGAGCACAUGAGGGCUCACUCCGAGGAGCGCCCCUACCGCUGCAACCGCUGCAGCAAAGGCUACAAGACCAAGAACGCCCUGCAGGUGCACCAGCGUACCCAUGCACAAGACAGGCCCUACGUGUGUCAGUUCUGUUCGCGAGGGUUCAGGGAGAAGGGAUCGUUGGUCCGUCAUAUCCGCCACCACACGGGCGAGAAGCCCUUUAAGUGCUUCAAGUGCGGGCGAGGGUUCGCAGAGCACGGAACGCUUAACCGCCACCUGCGUGCCAAAGGGGGCUGCAAUGGUACUCUGAAGGAGUCUGAACAGCCUGUGGUUUUGGAGGAACAGCAGUCGGCCAACAGCAUGGCUGCCACCAUCAUCUCUGAGGACCCCCACGCGGUGCUGGUGGAGUUCUCCUCCGUGGUGGCAGAUACACAGGAGUACAUUAUUCAGGCUCCUCCAGACGUUGCAGAAGCAGAUGGUGAAGUAGCUCUCAAUAGGAAUGAGGUGGGCAGCCACAUCAUGAAGGUGGUGCAGCAGAUCGUCAGCCAGUCUCAGUCAGGACACCAGAUCAUCGUGCAGAACGUGUCCAUGGACGAGAACGCGGCCCUCUCCUCAGACUGUGGCGACACCAUCACCAUCGCCACGCCCGAGAGCCUGACGGAGCAGGUCGCCAUGACGCUGGCCUCGGCCAUCAGCGACGGCGCCAUCCUGACGGCCGACGGGACUCUGGAGACGGCCGACGGCACGGUCACCAUGGUGGAGUCCCGAGACAUCGAGGUGAUGGAGCAGGUGGAGGAGUUCGUCAUCACCUCCCCGGAGGAGGUGGAGAUACAGACUGUUAUCGUGAAAGACUAAAAUACGGCCAUGCUGAUUUCAGUUACUGAAGGAACACCGCUUUAUAUGCUUGUGAGACAUGACAAAAUGUGUGUUCUUAAUAUAUGAGAACACUGAACUGGUAGCAGCCCUUAAUAGAAACACGGUCACAUUGCCUUUAUUGUAAGCGUGAACCUGAACGUGGAAGAUUUUCAACCAUUUUGGAAAAAUCCCCAAUCUGUUAAAAUGCAUUUGAGUUGCAAACCUUUUUUUGAUAAUAUAUUAAGUUCUCAUUGUGCGCUGCUAUUCUGAUUAGACUACUAUUUUAGCAGUUGGGGAUUUUGAUGACAAAGAAAAGGCCAGUUCUUACCCAACAACUACCUAAAGCUUUUCUGUUGGACAGAUGCCUACCUUAACUAUAAAUUGGAACAAUGUAAAGAAACAAGUGGUCGUUCCUAACGUUGAUUGUGCACCGUUAUUUAGGGGAAGAUGCUUGAAAAGUUUACACUGCUGUUCUGAGCUGCCUUGGUGCAGAUUUCAGUCUUGUGUGCUAGCUUGCACAGUUCUGAAGAGGUCAUUUGUUGUUUUUGCAGGAUGGCAACUGGGCCAGCAAAUGUAAGAAGCAGAAGUUGUAAAAACUGAUAUGAAAUUCUGUAUUUUUUUUAUGCAAAUAAAUGCCAUUUUUCAAUAA